CCCCGACAAUUUAUCAAUUUAUUUAUCUUUUAAAUUGACCAAAAACAAAAAAAAAAAAUUAUCUUUUAACUUGAACACCAUUACUAGAUCUCCGCAUUUAUAUACGAGUAUACAAGUAACAAGCCCUAAAACGUAAACACUUGAUUAAGGAUUAUAUCUGAAAAUGUCUUUCCCCCUGAAAGUUCGUAGCGUACGUGGCAACAACGGAGGAGGAGGAGGGACGGGGACGAAGUGCGGGAGGUGGAACCCGACGGUGGAGCAGUUGAAGAUAUUGACUGACUUGUUCCGAGCUGGUCUUAGAACUCCGACCACUGACCAAAUUCAGAAGAUCUCUACAGAGCUCAGUUUCUACGGCAAGAUCGAGAGUAAGAAUGUUUUCUAUUGGUUCCAAAACCAUAAGGCUAGAGAGAGGCAAAAACGCCGUAAAAUCUCCAUUGAUUUUGAUCAUCAUCAUCAAGAAAAUGACUAUAUCUCUCAUCAUCAUCAUCAUCGUCAACCAUCAACUAGAGAUGUUUUUGAAAUAAACGAAGACGAGGAGGAGAGGGUAAUAGAGACGCUACAACUCUUUCCGGUGAAUUCAUUCCAAGAAUCCAAAGUGGACAAAAUGAGAAGCAGAGUCAAUAACCAGUACCGUGACUACAUACGAGAGACCAACACGACCACGUUUCCUUCGUACUCAUCAUGUGGAGCUGAGAUGGAACAUCCAUCGCCGUUGGAACUUCGAUUAAGCUUUCUUUAAAUUAGUGACCACCUUAAUAAUGUCUUGGAAGUCCGAUAAAUUUUUAAAAGAAGUCAUGUUAGGAGAUCUUAUGUAUUUUGAAUUAUGACUCAGAAUAUCCAAUGUAUCAAUUAUGACAA